AUGAGGCAAGGGCCACUGUUUCGGACUUGGCCGGAUGUCGGGUCAUAUAUUUCCUUUGUCUCGCCGCCUGGAUUUCUCAAAUGUCUCAUCAACGCAAGGCGUCUUCAAUUUAACUACCUGUCUCUAGAUCCCUCAAUACCACUCCGCCAAGAUCUCAAGCUGCCGACUCUCUUCGACUCUACUGACAGUCAAAACACCAUGUCACCAUCAUCAAAACACCAACGUCUCCGAAUUGUCUUCACGAAGUCCAUGGAAUACGCGUUCGAGAGUAUCGACCCACCUCUUUACAACGAACUCCCUGGCUUGGUGGCCACCAUACGAGAUCCCGAAGCUUGUGACUUUUACGACUCAGAACAUCCCAUUUUCGGAGAAGUCACCAACGCAUGUGUCUUCAACGCUCAUCUCAUCUUGAUGUCUUCUCGUCCGUACUAUCUAGGCGAGGUGGCGUUCAAAUGGGCUCGAGGGGACGAAGGCCACAAACGACUCGUAUCAGAGUAUGAGAUGUACAAGCAUCUCGCAGAUCUUCAAGGCAGAGUUGUACCUAUAUGUCAUGGUUUAUUCCGUUCGAUGGUGUGGUUGAAUAACGGUGAAAGAAUCAAGCUUUCUUGUUUAGUCCUUGAGGGUUGCCUCGAUCUUGAUAUUGAGGACCAUCAACAUCUCAUGGAUGCCAAGUUGCUAGCCAUACACAGAUUGCACACUAAAGAUUCGCAUCAUUAGCUUUCAAAAGGCCACACUGCACGAAUGCACAGAAGCGUCUUCUACCUCAUCCACUUCAUCCA